UCACUUUUCAGUUGUAAAUUUAGAUUACAGAAGAAGUUUAGUCACUUUUUUGUCUCUUGCAAAUUUAAAAUACAGAGGAGAAUUAAAACUUCGAAAUUUUCACCUGAGUUCAUCACAACAAUAUAAUUCAAACAUAAUUUGUAAAGAUGCAACUGCAUCUAUUAAUUCUGUUGUUCGCUCUUUCUGCAUUGUCGGCUGAGCAAAGAACUAAGAUGAUGGAGGAGAAAGAAUGUCUCAAUGAACAUUCGAAUUUAUUAAAUUAUUUUUCGUGGGCUGAUUAUACGAUAUUGGGCGUAAUGUUGGGCGUUUCCUGCCUAAUUGGAACAUUUUAUGGAUGUUUUUCUAAAAAGCAAGAGACCAGUGAAGAUUUUCUAUUAGGAGGUUCUAAAAUGGGAACUUUUCCAAUGGCAAUGUCACUUGCUGCCAGUUUUGUCACUGCUAUUGAAUUGCUCGGCAAUCCUGCGGAAAUGUACUCACAGGGUACGCAAUUUUGGAUGACCUGUCUGGCAUUUAUUCUAGUUAUUCCAAUAACGUCUCAACUUUAUUUGCCAGUUUAUAUGAAACUAAGGCUAACUUCAAGCUACGAGUAUUUAAAUAUACGAUUUGAUCGGCACUGCAGACUUUUAGCAAGUGGACUCUAUAUGAUACAAAUGGUCUGGUACACUUCAGUAGCUGUUUAUGCUCCAGCAUUAGCUUUAAGCCAUGUUACUGCCCUAAAUACUUAUGCUGCAGUGACUCUAGUCUAUGCAGUCUGCAUUUUUUAUGCUUCUCAGGGAGGUAUGAAGGCUGUUAUAAUGACCGAUACAUUUCAAGCUGCUGUUCUUCUGGGUUCAUUACUUAUAAUUGCUGGAUAUGGAAUAUCUUGGGCUGGAGGAUUUUCCACUGUGUGGAACGACAACUUGCAAACUGAUAGGAUUGAAAUUUUCAAUAUGGAUCCAACACCCACUGUCAGGCACAGUUUUUGGAGUGUUGUCGUGGGUGGAACUUUUUACUGGGCGACAAUGUUUUGCAGUAAUCAAGCUUCCAUUCAAAAAUACCUCAGUGUUGAAAAUAUCAGUCAAGUUAGAAUUGCUUUAUGGAUAUCUUCUGCUGGAUUGAUACUUAUCUACUCGGUCAAUUUUCUGACCGGUAUGGUUUUGUAUAGUGUUUAUAAAAAUUGCGACCCUCUGAGAGCUGGUCAAAUUUCUGCACAGGACCAGUUGUUACCACUCUACGUGAUGAAUUUUAUGAGCAGUUUGAAAGGAGUGCCUGGAUUUUUUGUUGCUGGUAUAUUUGCAGCUUCAUUCGGUACUGUGGCUAGUGCACUUAAUUCGCUGGCUGCAAUUGCAGUAGAAGAUGUUUUACUUGGAUUAUUUGAUAUAACUAUACCAGCACGGAAUGGCGCAUUUUAUGCUCGAUGGAUUAGUAUAUUAUUUGGAACAAUUAGUUUCGCCCUGGUGUUUGUUGUUGAACGACUUGGAGGGAUACUUGAGGUGGCUUUAUCUUUCAAUGGAAUGGUUGGAGGCGUCACAUUAGGAUUAUUUUCCCUUGGAAUGUUUGUGCCUUGGGUGAAUUCAAAAGGGGCUAUGGUUGGGGCCCUUACAGGCUUAGCUUUGGUUGGUUGGAUUGGAAUAGGAGGUCAGGUUGCUACAAUGAAUGGUCAAAAUCAUAUCGAGGGAAAGAUAACUUCUGUUGAUCAAUGCCCUUGUGUCAAUGAAACUAUUCUCGAUUUAUCAGGAUCAGAGGAGUCUUUCUCAGAAGCUUGGUCCUUAUAUAGAGUGAGCUAUCUCUGGUACAGUGCAAUUGGUUGCCUCGUCACAGUUUUCGUGGGUAUCUUUGUAAGUUUUGUAACAGGCUUCCAGAAUCCAUCUGAAUUGGAUUAUGAUCUUCUCAGUCCGCCAGUAAAACAUUUUUUGGGACCACCAACCAAAUCCAGAUCUGGCAGUAAAAUUGGUGGUGUUACUAAUUUAGCCCUGGAGAUGCAUGACGAAAAAAUUCAAAUAGAAAAUGGCAGGGGUACAAAAUUCUAA